AUGGAACCAGAUUCUACUACAUAUGAUACAGAAAAUUCUAAGAAUGAAACCUUUCCUUUCAUUACAGGGACCUGCAACAUAUCUUUAUAUAAGGAUUUAGUAAAGGAUUCUGGACAAGGCCUAGUGGAAAUGCAAAUUGUUGAAAGGCUCCAGGCGUUUGGUUUGCUUCCAAUGGUGAUGGAAUGUGUGCAAAAUGAACCUACUUGUGAAGUUGUUUGUAAGACAGCAAGGGUUGUUGAUAGGGUACAAUGGAUUUGCAAAACAUGUAAGAAGCGUCAACCUAUCCGAUCAGGCUCAUUUUUUUUCAAACUUCAGUGCUCCAUCGUUCAAGCACUGCAAAUGAUAUUAGCGUGGUGUGAAGAUGCCGAUAUUAAUGUUGCUGCUGAAUAUUUUGAUGUAAAACCACGUGUCGCUACACUAAUUUAUGACAAGUUGGAUGAAAUGGCAGCAGCUGAAAUAGCAGUAAGCAAAUUGGGAGGUCAAGACAGUGUUAUACUGACAGAGAUGUACCCGGAAUGCCUUAACCGACUCUCGCCUGAUACAACAGAUCAACCACAUAUCCAUCCCAUACUUAUGGUUGCUGAUACAAAGCAUGUACCAACUCAGUACAGAUUACAUAUUAUGAAGGAGCAUUUGAAGAAAAAAACCAAAUGCUGA